UGCUGAUGUGUCCGGGCGGUGCGGGGGGAGCGCGGCCGGGGCGGCUGACGCGUGUCCUGCCCCGCAGCGCUCCGGCGCCGGCAGCCGGCCAUGGCCUCCAAGCUGCUGCGGGCCGUGGUGCUCGGGCCCCCCGGCUCGGGGAAGGGCACGGUGUGCGAGAGGAUCGCCCGCAGCUUCGGGCUCCAGCACCUCUCCAGCGGGCAGUUCCUGCGGGAGAGCCUCGGCGGCGGCGGCGAAGCUGGACUCCUGGCCAAGCAGUACCUGGAGAGAGGGCUCCUGGUGCCCGACCACGUCAUCACACGGGUGAUGAUGGCAGAGCUGGAGAGGCGGCGGGAGCAGCACUGGCUGCUGGAUGGAUUCCCCCGGACGCUGGGACAAGCCAAGGCUCUGGAUGGGAUCUGCGAGCUGGACCUGGUGAUCAGCCUCAACAUCCCCUUCGAGACGCUGAAGGAUCGUCUGAGCGCCCGCUGGGUGCACCCCGCCAGCGGCAGGGUCUACAACAUGGACUUCAACCCUCCCCAAACACAGGGCGUGGAUGAUGUGACGGGAGAGCCGCUGGUGCAGCGCGAGGACGACAGGCCCGAGGCAGUGGCGGCGCGGCUCAGGAAGUACAAGGACGCUGCCAAACCCGUGAUGGAGCUGUACCGGAGCAGGGGCAUCCUGCACUCCUUCUCGGGCACAGAGACCAACAAGAUCUGGCCCUACGUGUACGCCCUGCUGUCCAGCAGGAUCCCGCCCGUGCUGCCGGACGAGGAGCACUGAGCAGCUCGUGCCGAGGGCCAGGAUGGAAUUCCAUGGAUGGAUUUGGGUCCCAGCACCAUGCCAGGGCUGUGCUGGGGGUGGGUGAUCCCAAACCGGGUGACAUCGGUGGGUACAGCCACACCAGGAUCAGAUCUUUGUUUAUAAGGUCAAGCCUGCUGGAAUAAGGGGUUUUUCCCUCUUUUGGGGCUAGGGAGUUUUCCUGCCUGUGRUCCAUCACGGAUUGGUGAUGCUGACUGGGGCGGUGACCAUUCCAGGUUUACACAGCUUUGCCAUGGUGUCCUUGCCAUCCCUCGCCAGCCCCCAACCCCUGUCUGAGCCUGCAAUGUGCCAUCCYGCUGCUCCACGGGACCAUUCACUGCUGAGGACUCUCUAGGCCGAGGGCUUUUCCUAUAAAUUAUUUUCUAUUAAAUGUAUUUCUUAGAGAAACAAAGYUCCAGAGAGCAACACUCAGCCCAGUGGGAAUUUCAGGAGCAGYGUGGAAACAAAGCUGGGAGGUGUGAGGAUCACAUUCCCAGCAUUAACACACAAAAGAGGGAAAACAUUGGACGUAAAACUCUCCUUCUGCAGGGAGAGGUGAAUUGCUGGUUUAAAAUCUGCUCUCCAGGAUUUUWUGGAAUGCUGUGAGACUGAGCAGGGGCUGGGCUGGGGAUGAGU